UUCAAUCACCUGCUUCCUUCCUUCCUUCCUCCUCCGCCUCCUUAUAAUCCCUCCCUGCUCCUCCUCCAGCGCUCAAAAAGCUUCAGUCUUUGCUUGCCAUCCACCGCCAUGACCACCCGGGUGUUGCGACCCCAUAACUUCCUCGAAGCGCCCAUCCCCGCCCUCGCCCCCCGCCGGAAACCCAGUCCGGUCUCCCACCGCCGGCCUCCGCCGGAGGGCAGGAAGCAGCGCGAGCGGUGGGCGAAGCCGACCAAGAGAGCCGACUCCGCCGGCGGAAACCGCCGGAUGGGCAGGAAAGGCGGCGAGAUGCCGAAGAGGGGAGAGGCAGCGGCGCAGGUGUACGCAGGGACGGGCUUCUCGAACUCGCCCUCCCCGAGCGCGCUGCCGCUGCCGAGGUUCUCCUUGAAGAAGGACGCGCCGGCGGUGGGGGAGUACUUGGCCACCGUGGCGCUGAGGCGAAUGCUUCGGCUGGAGUAGGAAAGAAGUGCAGUCGGAAGCUGAUAGCUUCUCUCUUCGGCCCUUUUCGCCGUGCUUCUUCGAGUCAGGUCGAAGGCCUACCGUCGAUUUUUUUGAAGGACGGAGAAGGAAAGAAGUGACUUUUGAGGAAGGAAUGGAAGAUUAGGUGCAGUGGUAGGUGGCUUCAAUCCUGCGUUGUGAUUUAUAUGGGUAGAUGAUACCGAAUUCGUCAGAGUUGUUGUUCAGUGGCUGUCAAUAAAUCAAAGAAUCAUAUCUUCAGUGACCAGCAGCAGUAUCGGUGGAUUCCGAAUGGGGAAGACGAAGCAGCAAACCGAAUCGAGGAGCUUCUGUGUCCAUCUCCGGUGGUUGUUUGGAAGUUGCGUUCCCAUCCCCAACCCCAUCUCCAUCUCAUCCUUCGUCGUCAAUCUGAUCCUUUGGGUGGGGGCAAAAACGUAAAGUUCUCGUGGCUUAGACGAACACGUUGUUUCUCUGUAUUCUCUCAUGAUUAAUCCAUUUUAUUUGAGAAAAAAAA